AUGACACGACGUCGCAAGAAUACACCAAAACGACAAGCCAGAACAGAGCUUACAGGAGAGGCUCAGAAGACGGACGGCCUUCUCAGUCCGCGUGCACCUACGACAUGGCAAUACCAACAUUUCAUUCCACGGUUCAUAUUGCGAAGAUUCCAAGUCGGACCUGUGAAGUCUAAAACAGAACGACAACAAGAAUUUCGACGUACCGGUGUUGAUCCUGAAUACGUCCACUACUAUGAUAUUGCUACGGGUAGCCUUGACUUUCGUCCUAUUGGAAAGGUGUACGGCGUACUGAAUGUCUACCAGGAUGUCCGCGACACCCAUAAUAUCAACAGAGUAGAGGAGAAAUUAGCGGACCUCGAACGUCAUGCGGCCUCCAUUAUCAUGGACUUGCAUCAAGCCCUCCCUCAGAGUACUUUUACUCUGAAGCGGAGGUUGCUAGAGCUCCUGAGGAAGUUCCUGUUUAUUAUGCAUUAUCGCAAUGUAUCAUAUUCUGGCACUUACUUUCAAGCGGAUCACCCAGAGAACGCAGGAGGCCGUCAGUGGAUCGAGUCCUUCAUGAAGGCGAAGGGUAUUGAUUCCGCUGUUGGGGUAUGGCUACACUUCCUCGAAUACUACCUGGAUUCAUCUCAUUCAGACAUCAUGCGAGAUGCUGCAAAACUGGUAGAGAAGUACGGUGAAGAAGGUCUUCAAAACAUGAUGUUUCAAUCGCAUAUCCCACCUCAUCUCGAACACUUUCCGGCUUACACUUACCACACUCACGCAAACAACUACUUCUUCAGUAUCUGGGAAGCCGCGGAAGGAGAAGAAUUCAUCCUAACACAAGAGGCAUUUGGCUUGUGGGAAGGCUUGGCAGAUGGCCAACCCGACUUGCACCGCAUAUUCAUAGUUAGCCCUCGGAUCGCUCUCGUCCUGCGUCAUAUUGCAUUGCGUCCAGAGAUGAAAGCAUACAUCAAGCGGGUUUCGCUCGCGAGCUCCUUGCUCAACGUGAAUCCAGCACCACCAACUCCAAUUUACGCCAGUGGAAAAAAUGGUCCACACAUCGAGCACGUAAAUUUUCAAUCCGCGACGUCGCUUGCACGUUACAGAUCCUCCCAGACAGGGGCGAACGACAGUUUUGUGUUCAAGAUCGCAAAACUAUCGCGACGCCAGACAUUGGAGCUCAAUUCCGUUCUAUUAGUCAACAUGAAGCCAACGGGCUCUUUGACCUUCCUGUCAAGAGGGAGCAUGCUCCGCACCGCGCGUGCGUUCCGGAGUUUGCCAGCCAAUUUCCUUGCGAGCGAACUGCUCGUUCCGCUCGUUGCGCAAUUGACGGAUACCAUGGAGACAGAGGUGUUGCCUCCAUCUCUCAUGUAUUUUGCUAUCUAUUGCAUCUUCAUCGCCUUAUUGGUAUAUCUUGUAUAUCUUGGUAUUGUGAAGUCGGCAUCACUAGUCAUGUAA